AUGGCCCACGUACUGAUGGUCACAAGCAACAUCAACAUGCGCGAACCACCCGAAACUGAAGAGAGUGAAUCUGAGGCCUCAGACGAUGCAGCCUCGGACGACGACGAAGAAGAAGCCCAGCCUGCUUCCAACGCCUACGCCACCCUCCUACAGUCUUUCUCGACGCGCCAUGCCGGUUCAGAGGAACAUCGCAAGAAGAGACGGAAGCUGGAUCAUGAGGAAGUGCCGCAAGAGGAUAUAUCCGAAGCCGAGGAGGCAUCUGUCUAUGGCACGCCAGAGGGUGAUGGAACAGUUGUCGACCAGGAACAGCAUGAGACCGACGACGAAGCUGCAGACGAAGAUGAUGGUAAAGAGCAGGAACUUGAAAAAGCCUACGAAAAACACUUUGCGAACCCCGACGAGAACGAGCUGGCAACACGGCUGAAGCAAAUAGCGGCGAAUCAAUGGUCGUCACAAAAGCUUACUUGUGGUUCAGGGACCACCAAGGGUUUUGGAGUAUUGCAAAUUCCAGUUGAAGAGGCUCAAACCCCACCCAAAAAAUUGAAGAGUGUCCAUGACAUUCAGCUCAAGCAACGGCUUGUGGAGAAUGCCCAGAACAAAGUUGGAAACUUUGACCAAGUCGAACAAACUAUUGCGCCUUCCAUAUUCGGAUAUCAGGACUUGCUGUUCGGAGCGAGAACAGUGCAGAACGCCUGCCGUCUCCGCGACAUCACCUGUCUCCAUGCGCUGAACCAUAUCCUGAUGACACGGGAUCGGGUGCUUAAGAACAACGCAAAGCUUGCAGCUGCGCCCGAUGAUGUCGAUGCCGAAUAUCGCGACCAGGGCUUCACACGACCAAAGAUCCUAUUCCUACUCGAAACUAAGCAGGCCUGCGUCCGUGUUCUGGACUCAAUCACAAAACUCCAUGAGUUUGAGCAGCAGGAAAACAAGAAAAGAUUUCUGGACAGUUUCUCGCAGCCGGAAGACAAGUUCUCAGAAGACAGACCUGCAGACUUCCGAGAACUCUUCGAAGGCAACGACGAGAACGAGUUCCGUAUUGGCGUAAAGCUAACCCGCAAAACACUGAAACUAUAUUCGACUUUCUACAACUCCGACAUCAUCUUCGCAUCCACACUAGGCCUGCGACGAGCCAUCGAGUCAGGCGACCCUAAGAAGAAAGACUACGACUUCCUCUCUUCCAUUGAAAUGGUCAUCAUGGAGCAAGCUGACGCCACACUAAUGCAAAACUGGGAGCACGCCGAAUACGUCUUUGAGCACCUUAACCUCCAACCCAAAGAUGCUCACGGCUGCGACUUCUCACGUGUCCGAUCCUGGUAUCUUGACGGCCACGCCCCUCACAUCCGCCAAACAAUCGUCCUCUCUGCCUUUGUCACCCCCAAAAUAAACACCCUCUACAACAAACAUAUGCGCAACGUAGCCGGUCGAUUGAAAUACACCGCCGACCACACCGACGGCCUUAUCGAGUCCCUUUCCUACGGCAUCAAGCAGACCUUUGUCCGUUUCGACUCGCCCUCUCAUCUCACCGACCCAGACGCCCGCUUCAAAUACUUUUCCUCCUCAAUCCUCCCUUCCAUUACCCGCCUACCCCGCACCGUCGACGCAGGCGGUCUCGGCGUCCUCAUCUUCAUCCCCUCUUACCUCGACUUCGUCCGCGUACGAAACUCACUCGUCGACUCUGAUUUCUCAUACGCGUCCAUCUCCGAAUACACCGACGCAACCGACGUGCGUAAGGCGCGUUCUCACUUCAUGAACGGCAAACACGCGUUAUUACUGUACACGGGCCGCGCGCAUCAUUUCCACCGAUACAACAUCAGGGGUGUGAAACGCGUCGUGUUCUACGGGGUACCUGAGAAUCCGAAGUUUUACGACGAGGUGGUUGGGUUUGUGGGCAAGUCGAUUGAGAGGGCGGAGAUUAGUAGACAAGAGGCGAGUGUUAGGGUGUGCUUUUCAAAGUGGGAGAAGAUGGAGUUGGAGAGGAUUGUGGGGACCAAGAGGGUGGGGAAAUUGGUUAGGGAGAGGGGGGAUGUUUUUGAUUUUGUUUGA